AGACAGAAUUCCAACUAGGCCACUCACAAGUCACAGCUCUUCUUUACCUCCUUCACCACCCAGAACAGCCACUCAUCGCCGCAUCUCCGGCGAAAUGCAGACGUUUUCGGCGGUUACUCUCGCGGUCCUUUUACUCAUUUCUCUCUCCACCACUACCGACGCCCACAACAUCACUCAUAUUCUUGACAAAAGCCCAGAAUUCUCAACCUUCAAUCACUAUCUCACACUCACUCACCUUGCCGGAGAAAUCAACCGCCGCCAGACUAUCACUGUCUGCGCCGUCGACAAUGCAGCCAUGUCUGCCUUGAUUGCCAAAGGCUUGUCACUUGUCACUAUAAAAAAUGUUCUUUCCCUUCAUGUCUUUGCCGACUACUUCGGCUCCAAAAAGCUCCACCAAAUCACCAAAGGCUCCACCUCCACCGCCACCAUGUACCAAGCCACCGGUGAAGCCCCUGGCACCACCGGAUACGUACAUAUCACCGACGUUAAAGGUGGUAAAGUUCACUUCACUCCCGAAGACAAUCCCACGCAAACUGUUCUUUACGUAAAAUCCAUAUUAGAAAUGCCUUACAACAUAUCGGUCAUUCAAAUUAGUGAAAUUCUACAGUCGCCGGAAGCUGAGGCACCGACAUCGGCGCCGGAUCUGAACUUAACUUCGUUGUUACAAAAAGACGGAUGCAAAGCGUUUUACGAUCUGUUAUCAACUUCGGGGGCUAUCGGAACGUUUUUAAGCACAGUUGACGGCGGAGUAACGGUGUUCUGUCCCAGUGACGACGCUAUUACGGCAUUCGCGCCAAAAUACAAGAACUUGACGGCGGAAGAGAAGACGUCUUUGUUGCUUUACCAUGGUGUUCCGAUCUAUAAUUCCAUGGGGAUGCUGAGAUCAAGCAAUGGGUUGAUGAAUACGUUAGCGACGGAAGGGGCAAAGAAGAAAUACGACUUCACUGUACAAAACGUUGGCGACGUUGUGAAGUUGAAGACAAAAGUGGUGACGGCGGCGAUUACAGGGACGGUGAUCGACGACGAACCAGUGGCGCUUUACAAGAUUGAUAAAGUUUUGUUGCCGAGGGAGUUGUUUAAGGGGACGGCGGAGGCUGAUGAACCUGCAGCGGCACCGAAGGCGGCGAAGAAGAAAAAGAAGGCGGCGAAGAAGGGUGAUAAUGCGGAUGCCCCGGGGCCAGACUCUUCAGACGACGAUUAUGGUGGCGGUGAUGCGGCGGAUCAGACGGCUAGUUCCGGUGGGAGGCUGGUGGCGUCGGCGUUUACGGUGGUGUGUCUCGCACUCGUUUUUGUUUGAUGAGGCUUUUUUUUGUUGAUGCGAUGGAGUGACGGCGCGGUAUUAUAGGUCCCACGAAGUUGACGCAUAGAAGAACACAACCUCCUUUUUAUUUUAUAUUAUUUUAAAGUUUUUUUUUCUUUUCCAUUUUUUAUUUUGUAAUAUAAACGUUUUUUUUCCCUCGGUUUUGUAAUUGUUUUGAGUGCUUGAUUGAUUUGAUUAAAAUAAAACGAUACACAUUGUUGUA